AAAUUAAAAUUUUUUCUUUUAGUAAUUUUAUGAAGAUUAGUAGAAGAUAUAUGUCAUAAUGGCUUAUUCAUGGGAUAAUCGUGUUGAUUUUGUCGUGCGGUAUAUGUAUGAUAUUGAUAACAAUGGAUUUUUGGAUCAGAACGACUUUCUAUGUAUGGCGGUUAGAGCAUGUGUUGUUGAGGGAAAAGGAGAUUGCAGUUCUACUCGUUUAGACGAAUAUAAAAAGCUCAUGAAAAAUUUAUGGGAAGAAAUUUCUGCCAUUGCCGAUGAUGACAAGGAUGGGAAAAUUUCAAAUCAAGAAUUUAAGGACGCUGUAAAAAAAACGUGCGUGGGAAAAAAAUAUGAAGAAUUUCCACAGCAUCGUGGUCAUCACCACAAAAGUAAGAAGGUUGUCUGUAUAGCCAAGAACCACCAUGGUUGA